UUUUUAAUAAUAAUAAAUUCAUCAUCAUCAGCAAAUACAUUAAAUUCAGCUCCCCAUUUAUAUUAGCUUAGUUAUUAAGCUAUAUAUUGCAGUUUCAAAAAAGCAAUCCAAAACGAAGUUAUAAUAUUAGUAAUAAACUUAUUUAAUUAAUAAAUAAAAAGAGGUGUAUAAAAUCUUGGACUUAAAAGUUUAGUUUUCAUGGAUACAUUAAGUGAAGAAGAUAUUGGAAACCAGACAAGGAAAUCCGAAAGCGGUUCAGGAGGAAAAACUAGACGGUUUUCGUCUAUUGGUAUUAGUCGAAAAAGCGUUGGGGAUGAAGGUAAUAUUGUUCCUCAUUAUCUUAGAGCUUCCACUGGUUCGUGUCAUGAUUUUUGUAAAUACGGUAAGAAACACGAACAGUCAAAGUCUGCGAUACCUGUAAAGUUCAAAACAUCAAAUAGUGUGAAUAGAGAAAAAGUUACGAAAACUAAAGUGCCCGUAGAAGGAAAGAAACCGACCACAUUGACCAAAGUUAAACCUGUUACGGAUUUAGAGACACAAACCCCUGUUGAGGUAAAUAAAAAGGACAUUUUUUUACCGUCUAAGAAAGCACAAGUAGUGAAACCGGCUUCAAAAGCUAUAAAGAAUGAGCCCAAACUGUUUCAACGGUCUACUUCUCUUGUGAAACCGAGUCCAGUUAGGAUGAGCCUUGAUGGUUCAGGAGGGUCUAGUGGUGGGAUAAUAAAGAAAGACCUUAAAACUGUCAAUAAGUCGGUGAUGGCACCUAAAACAGUUGCUGCUAAGAAAGUUCCGAUUGAGUCAAAGUCCCCAAAAGCUUCUUUCAGUAGAGCCGCAAGUUUGAAAGCGAUAAAGUAUAAGAGCAUUAAACAGGUGGCUCCUCUAAAGGAUCAAAACAGGCUGCAAAAAACUAAACCCAAGCAAACUGUUUCUGACAAGAUUCAGGUAAAAAAGCCAAUGCAUGGUGUUGAGGCUGAAUCCGAGGUCAAAGAUGAGACCAUUGAGUUUGACUUUAUUCAUCCGGCUUCUGAGUCUAUUUCGGGAAACAAUGUUGUAGAAGAAGAGUUUGUUGAGGCUGAAUCCGUGGUCAAAGACGAGACCAUUCAGUUUGGCUUUAUUCACCCGGCUUCUGAGGCUAUCUUGGGCAAAAAUGUUGUAGAAGAAGAGUUUGUUGAGACUGAAUCCGAGGUCAAAGCUGAAAGCAUGGAGUUUGACUUUAAUCAUCCGGAUGCUGACUUCAUUAAUCCAGCUUCAGAGACUUUUCCGGACAAAGAUGUUGUAAAAGAAGAGUUUGUCGAGGCUAAACCUGAGGUCAAGCUCGAGACUUUGGAGUUUGACUUUGUUACUUCAUCUUCUGAGUCUUUUCCAGGCCAAAAUGUUGGAAAUGCAGAAUUGACAGUUGAUGAAACCUCUGAGGAUAUUCCAGAUAAGAAGCUUUUUGAAGAAUCUGCAUUUGCACCUCAUGUGGCUGAAAGCUUGCAAUCAUGUUCAGAUAAAGAUGUCUUGGAAGGAGAGUCGUUUAUUGCACCUCCUGUGUCUGAAAGCUCUGAAUCCUUUUAUGAUGAAGAGGUUGCUCUAGAUGACGAGUCUGAAUACACUGAUGAUGAAGAAGUAGAAGUUUCAGAAGAAGAGAUUGAAACUGGACUCACUAAUACUGAGCAGGUGGGGACCUUUGUAGGGAAUCCCAACAAGUAUACAAGAAAGGGCAGAACAUCAUUUUCAGAAGAUAAAGAUGAGGAAGCCAUAAAGCUGAGGUUCAGAAGGGGAAAGAUUCUCGAUGUCAAGUCUGAGAAUAACGGUCCCAGAAGACUUAAGUUCAGAAAAGGGAGAGUCGUUGAGGGUAAAGAAGCCGAUCAACACAUUGCCAGAAGAAGUUUUGAUAAGAAAAACACCAAAGACAGGGUCGAUUCUAACAAUGCCCCUGAAAGUGUUGUCUUAAAGCAUCAAGGUGAGCAGGAGAAGAAAGAUGCUCAAGUGCUUUUUAAUAAUGUGAUAGAAGAAACUGCGAGUAAGCUUGUUGAAAGCAGGAAGAGUAAAGUGAAGGCGUUGGUUGGUGCUUUUGAAACUGUAAUCUCUCUUCAAGAUGGCAAACCAUAAUGGGAAAAAAAAAACUGCUCACAAGAACUCGGGUUUUGUAAAGCAAUUGUAGAUGAAAAGCCUGGUGAUUGUGAUGGGAGUUAUACACAAACAAAUAGGAUGAUUUGAGGACUGAUUUGUGCUGCUGGUAAUUGAGGUAAGUGGCUGCUUUUGGUUUCGGUUUUCAUGUUUCUUUUCCUUUCUUCUUUUGGUAUUAUGACUUACCCACAAAUAAAUCAAAUGACAGUGUUAAGAGUCUUGUUACUAUCAGAUUUACUAAUGAAAACUUGUGCACAUAGUUGAGUGUGUGCUUGAGCUGUAUAUGUUUUUGGCUUUGUUUUGCGGUGAUCAUUUUUAGGGUUUGCAGAACAAUAUUGACAAUCUAUAGUGAUAUCAUGUUACUUUUGUUUGUUCACUUAACA